UUUCAGGUUGAAACUAUGGCUAUGCCGUUCGACGGCCUGGACGAGCUACCCGACCUCUGCUUGUCGCCGUGCGGGCCGCCCAACCCAGCGGAGCUGUACAGCGAGGCGCGGCGCCUGGCGCUCGAGGAGCUGGUGACAGGCGGCCCCGACGCAUUCGCGUCCUUCCUACGGCGCGAGCGCCUGGGCCGCUUCCUGAACCCGGACGAGGUGCGCGCCAUCCUGCGCGCGGCCGAGCGGCCAGGCGAGGAGGGCGCGGCGACCUGGGCCGAGGACUCUUUCGGCUCGUCCCACGACUGCUCGUCCGGCACCUACUUCCCCGAGCAGUCGGACCUAGAGCCGCCGCUGCUCGAGCUCGGGUGGCCUGCCUUCUACAAGGGCGCCUAUCGCGGCGCCACCCGCGUCGAGGCGCACUUCCAGUCGCGCGGCGCCGGCGCCGUCGCCGGCGGUCCCUAUGGCUGUAAGGACGCGCUGCGCCAGCAGCUCCGCUCGGCGCGAGAGGUGAUUGCUGUGGUAAUGGAUGUGUUCACCGACAUCGACAUCUUCAGAGACCUGCAGGAAAUAUGUAGGAGACAGGGAGUUGCUGUGUACAUCCUCCUGGACCAGGCCCUGCUUUCCCAGUUUUUGGACAUGUGCAUGGAUCUGAAAGUUCAUCCUGAACAGGAAAAGCUGAUGACAGUUCGGACUAUUACAGGAAAUAUCUACUAUGCAAGGUCGGGUACUAAAAUUGUUGGGAAGGUUCAUGAAAAGUUCACAUUGAUUGAUGGCAUUCGAGUGGCAACAGGCUCUUACAGUUUUACAUGGACGGAUGGCAAAUUAAAUAGCAGUAACUUGGUAAUCCUGUCCGGCCAAGUGGUUGAACACUUUGAUUUGGAGUUCAGAAUCCUAUAUGCACAAUCAACGCCCAUCAGCUCCAAACUCCUGAGCAACUUCCGGAUCAGCAGCAAGUUUGACCAUCUGGUUGAGCACAAGCCGCCAUCCAAGGAACUCACACUGGGCAACCUGCUGAGGCUGCGGCUGGCCAGACUCUCAAGUACCCCCAAGAAGACUGACCUGGAACCAGAGGUGCCCACAGAGGGCAGGGCAGAGACCAGGCGCCACGACUCUGAGUCCUCCACCAUCGGUGAGGAAGACUACUUAAACAGUCACAAGGACGAGCUAGAGAGCAGAAGGGCAACUGAUGUUGCCACUCAGACGGAGCCAAGAGAAGAGAUGCCAACAGUGCAUGGAAGUGACAUGGGGACACAGACCAGGAUCAGCACAGCGUCCAAUGGGACCCAAACCACAGUCGCCACCAGGGUAGCCAGCUCUCAAACCACGAUUUGGUCCAAGUCGGCCACCACCCAGACUGAUGUGGAUGAGAAUAUUCUCUUUUCUCAGGGAACUCAGUCUAAAGAAGGGUCUCCAGUAUCAAAAAUGUCUGUAUCGACAUCUUCCAGUUUGAAGUCUUCCUCAUCUUUGUCUUCCCAAGGCUCAGUGGCAAGCUCCACUGGCUCCCAGACUUCCAUGAGAGCCACUGACUUCCACAAUCCUGGAUAUCCGAAGUACUUGAGCACCCCCCACUUAGACCUAUGCUUAAGAGACUCAUUUAGAAACUUGGAUAAAGAGAGGCAGUUUCACUUUGCUGGGAUCAGGUCCCGGCUCAACCACAUGCUGGCCAUGCUCUCAAGGAGAACAUUCUUUACAGAAAACUACCUCGGCUUUAAUCCUGGAAAUUUUAAUAGAGCAUCAGUUAAUUUGCUUGCGACCAGAGAUAUAGCACUUUAUCCUUCCUGUCAGUGACUGUUCAGUGUUCAGAGACUCUGGUUUCAGCCAGGUUGGCAGUAGACUUCAUUGGAAUUUAUAAACUGUAUAUUAUUUUACUGCUUUUAUUUUUGUCAUGUCUGAAUCAGGUAUUGGAGUCCCUGGGUGCUGCAUAUUGUUAAUAUGCUCAGCCACUAACCAAAAGGUUGGA